AUGCCGUCUCUUACUCCAUCACUCGACCAGGCAGCGCCGCCUGCGCAUUCGUCGAGCGGCAGUUCGGUGGCAACAGCUGCCCCCGCCCACGCCCCAAGGUUUGGCUCGCUGGUCUCCUCCGAGCCGCCCCCCCAAGAGGCCUCGAACGGAGCCCAUCGAGAUGGGCGUAUUCGCAAUCCCGUACCGAGCAAACUGAAGGGGAAAACCGACGGUUCCAGAGGAAACUUUGGCGUCAUGCAGAUCGAGGUCGCUGGCAGGGCCGAUGCUACCGAUCGCGACGCCCAGGCGAAGAGGACUAGCGAGAGCACACAGCUGGCCGCCAAGCGUGCUUUUGAGAACGGCUACGUUUCCCUCCGCAGAAGCCGGUUUGUGCAUCUACCCGAUGAGCCGGCAGCAAAGCCCUACGUGCCGCCUUCGGCACCGGUCUCAGCGCCGGCGGCCCCCCAACGCCACUUCCCGCUGGGUCCUGAAGAGACCAAAUCUGAGCAGGCGCGUUUGCUGACUCUGCUACGAAGCCUCCAUCCGGUGCUUGUUGUGGACCAGAUAUGCAAGGCGCUGGCUUUCUUUGGUGGCAUUCCUGGAGCACUGCCACCCGCAAAUGGGAAGUUCCCGGAAAGCGCAGAAGCAAACGGGUCGGGAAGCCUUUUCGUUGGCUGGAUUGCGGAGAUAUUUCCCAAGCUGGGAGGGAACUCGGGACAACAGAGCUUGGACUCCGUCCGGCCACUGGACAAUCCCCAGCCCGUGAAACGCAAGCGAGGCCGACCGAAAGGGAGCAAAGCCACCAAAACACGGAAAGAUAAGGGGGUCAAGAAGCGUUCUAACAAGGCCCGGCCUGACACGGACCAACAACAAGCAUCAAGUAUCCCGGAUGAUAGCUGGAUCGACGUCGACGACGGCGGCGUGGCGAGCACCGACCACGCUGACCCCGAUGUGAUGCCCCUUCCGCAUGCCGCGAGCCCGAAACCGCAGCGUGGCUCUUCGACUACGGCUAUGAUGCCUGGAAACCCUACCGAACCGUCCAACGCGGCGGCGAAGACGGCACUGCCAGCGGCACCUGCCGCCGGUGGUACAGCCGCUGACGGGCCGCCGAGCGCGAGGAGAAGGGGGCGCCCAAAGGGCUCGAAAAACCGGCCAAAGGACUGGGCCGUGAACUCCGUCCAACCACACGUGGAGACGGAAACCCAACCUACCCAGGGGGCCCCCGCUCCUUCACAGAACGCCCAAAGAACUCCAAUGGAUCACACGGUUCUGCCUGCGGCUGGCCUACUCGAUGCCCAGUCGUCAACGGCCGUGAAUUCGGCACCUGAAGCACCUCCUAAGAGGAAGGCCGGCAGAUCAAAAGGUGCUGGACCUAAGCAACAAGCGCAAAUGCAGCAGAGUGAGAUUUCACCAGGAUCUGAGCAACCGCACGAGACCGGUAUCACAGGGUCGUCCAACUCCGAUCCAGCAGCGCACGGCCAACUGCCGGCGUCUUACCCGUCCCAGAUCACACAUGACUCGCAUGCUCAAAGUUUGACACUCCCAACUCCUCCCACAGCCAGCCCUUCCCAGGCGAAACCAUCCAAAAGCGCAGGGCAGAAGAGGAAGAGGAAAGGGGACGCGGCUGCCGACGCGUCCCUUGCCCCUCCAGGUGACCAUCGCGACGGGUCGGCUCCGAUGCAAGAUGUGAGCGGGCGCGCAUUGCCCACGCCACCGAGCAACCCAGGAGCGCCACCGCUAGCAACAGCGCCGGAGCCCGCCCCUAAACGCCAGCGGAAGGCUAAAGAGCCUAGAAGCCUGUCAAGGAGCGGGAACCAGGUUGCUCCCCAAGCCAUCACCGGGCCGCCUGCCAUUGCGGCAACUGGAGCUUCGUCAUCCAAGUCUGUGCCUGAUCCGAGCCCUAGACUAGGUUCGGCUCCCGCGCCAGUCUCGGCCCGCAAAUCUGAGCCAACGCUACUCGCUGCUCCUGUGGAGUCGGCGGCGACAUCAGUCCCUUCGUCUCAACAGGGACAGUUUGAAGGACAGUCCUCUCCUACAACGGAUACUUACGGCGCGCAACUUCAAGCUCAGUUUGACCAACAAACCGAAGUUGAGCCUCACACGAUCGCGCCGGCAAACCCUCGAAGCCCGACGCAGCUCGUGAAUACUCGCUUACAGCAACAGCCACACCGGCAGCCACCUGCAGCACCGCAGCAGCAGAGAUUCGCCCAGCCGCCUAACCAUCAGCAGCUACUCCAGCGCCAGCAUCAGAACCAACAGCACGCAUCUGUUGCUCACAGUCGAUCUCCCAACGCUCAGUCGCAGUCGGUCAACAGCUCGGUGGUAGCACACCAGCAGCAGCAGCAGCAGCAGCAGCCGCACCAACCCCAGCCACAACAACAACAAACAAGAACAUUACAAAACCACUAUAAUCAAUACCGCGUCCAGAGCUCACACUACCGCCAGCAUCAGCAGCAAGCUUACAUAUCUUCACCGCCGGAGCAGUCGCAGCAUCAACGGUUUUCGGGCGGACAGCCACAGAGUACACAGAUGCCCCAAAAGGCCUCGUCGCAACAGCGCUAUCAGCAGCAGCUAGCGACUACUUCGGCAGAGACCGCUUCUUUUACCACGCAUCAGUCUCCGCAUUUCAGCCCAUCGACAACUGCCAAUUUUAGCCCUGUCGAUGCCGGUUAUCGUAGCCCCGCCGCCAGCUUGACCAACGCUUCUUAUGGACAACGGAACCAGUCUACCGCGCCGUCCCCUGCGGCGCCAUUCAGAGCCGCCAGCACACACGGAUUGCCGCCGCAUUCGUCACAUUUCGGGACGGGCAACGCGAGUCUCCAGCAACGUUCUAUGAGCUCGGGCCAGCCGUCUUCUCAAGGGAUGCCAGGUUUGGCUAGUGUGCAGGCAUUUGCAGGCAGCACUGCUUCAGAUUGGGGUUUGUUUGAUUCGAGUCCUUUGGAUGCAGCGGGGCAGCAAGGGGCAAUGGGAAUGAGCAAUGCGAACUACGGCAUCGGCGCAGCCAGUGUUCGAGCAUCGUCGAACGGUGACCCUGGGUUUUCUGCCGCCAGUCUGACGACCUUUGAUACCUCGGGUUUGGGGGGUGCUGAUCGUUUUUAUGGAGUAGGGCGGCGGUGAAGUACAUUGGACCGGCGUUAACUUGGGCUUGUUUAUCUGGUGUCAACUAUACUGUGUAGGUGGUUUUGGCUUGCGCGGGUGGGAUGGAUUUUAUGCAUUGGCAAUGACGAUAUAUGAUGCAAGCCUUCCCUGAG